AUGAGUGACACUACUUCCACCAAUAUCUCAGUGGCUCAAGCCAAUUCUGCAGAAAGUACAUUGGCUGGCUCCACACGACUUUCACAUCUGACAGAAACAGGUUCCACAAAAAGGAUAUGCUUCUAUAAAAGUGGAGAUCCAAGAUUUAAUGGGAUAAAGAUGGUUGUCACUAAUCGUUCCUUCAAGACAUUUGAUGCCUUGCUAGACAACUUGUCCAAAAAAGUUCCUUUGCCAUUUGGAGUCCGGAAUAUUAUGACUCCCCGCGGUUUACAUCGCGUUACCAAUCUUGAAGAACUUGAAGAUGGUAAAUCCUAUGUGUGUUCCCAUCAGAAAAAAAUUAAGCCCAUCAACCUUGAAAAGGCAAGAAAGAAGCCAUUGUUAUGGCAGAGCAGCAGGCCAAUUAGUGCACGUAGACGUACUGUCCAAUUAGCACGACAAAAUGUAGUUGCACCGUUUCAGCGACAAAAUACUAUAGUGAUAGGAAAUGCCAAAAAGCUUGUCAUUUUCAAAAAUGGUGAUAGUGAACUUAAACAAAGUCUAAUUUUAAACAAAAAGGCAACACACAACUUUGAAUCCUUAUUGGAUCAAAUUACCGAGGUUAUGCAAUGCCCAGUCUUCAAACUUUACAGCACUGAUGGAAGAAGGAUUCUUAGCAUGAAUGCAGUACUGCUGAGUUCUGGAACAAUAGUGGCAGCUGGGAGAGAACCUUUUAAGCCUGCAAAUUAUGAUUCUGAAAGGGAAUUUCUACCUAAUAAAUUACCUGGGAUCUCCAGUCGUGUGUUUCCAAAAUCAAAAUCAAAACCAGAAAUGAAAACCCCUGGAAAAUGGAAAGUAUCAAUCUACACCAGUGAGAUUCCUUCUGCUGGAACUACAUCUCAAGUAUAUAUCACCUUUUAUGGACAUCUAAGAACUUCAAAGCCAGUUUUUCUGUACAGUACUGAAGAAGAUUUAUUUCAGAGCGGUCAUGAAGACACCUUUGAUAUCAGCACUGGAGAUAUUGGGGAACUUUAUAAAAUACGAAUUGGGCACAACAAUUCUGGAGAAUCCCCUGGCUGGUUCUGUGAGGAGGUUCUGUUGUUAAAUCUCUACACAAAUGAAGAAGUCUGUAUCAAAGUCAAUCAAUGGCUUGCACAAGACCAAGAUGAUGGAGAAAUCUGCCGCGAGUUUCCUGUUUUACGUCAAGGGCAUGCCAAGUUACCAGUGACAAGAUAUGAAAUUCGGAUUGUAACAGGAGACUUAUGGAAUGCCGGCACAGAAGCAAAUGUCUUUAUAUCAAUACAUGGAGAACACGGCGACACAGGAUCCAGACAACUGUUUAGAUCAAACAAGCCCAACAAAUUUGAAAAAGGGCAGACUGAUACUUUCUUUCUGGAAGCCGUAUAUCUUGGGAAAUUGCAUGCAGUUGUCAUAGGACACGAUGGAAUUGAUCCAGACAAUGGAUGGUACUUAGAGAAAAUUGUUGUCUAUGAUCCAGUGAAAGAUAAGGAGCAUACCUUUUUUUGUUACAGAUGGCUGGAUGAAGGUGAAGAUGAUGGAAAGAUUGUGAGACAUCUAAGUACUGCAGAGGAAGCUGAUUUCCCAGCUAGGCAAGAAUUUGAGCUAAAGAAAAGCGAAAUUUGGAGUGCUGAGAAGUGGAAAUAUCAGAAAGGAAAUGUUCUACAAUUAUACUGCAAGUCAACAAAGAAAUUUGUCCGUCUCACUUCAGAUAACAAAGUUGAUGCUCUUGGAGAUAAGAGAGAUAAAUAUGGUUUUUUUGACGUGAUCGUGAAAAGAGGAAAUGUUCGAGUGUUCAACAGUCAUCAGAUUAGAACUCUUGCCUUGGCAAUCGACAAGGGAACAGUCACUGUAAUGGACAACAGUGGUAUUCUAUGUGAACUACAGAUUCAUAUUCAACUGAACCGCUGCAUUACUUUAGAAUCUACAAGAGCGCCAGGCAUCACUGUUUCUUUUCAGAGUAAUGGCGAGCCAGCCAAUGGGCACACAACUAGCUAUGCAGAGGUCUCCAAGGAAUUUGUUGUACAUGUUAAGGGAAUUUUCCAUAGUGGUGCCAUCAUUCUAUUUACCACCAGCUGGUCCCAAGCUCUUUGUAUAAGACAGAAUGGGCAUGUCAGUGGGACAGGGCAUCACAAUGAAGAAUCCUACUUAAGAGUACAUAAAAUAACCUCAUCAGUCUACAUGUUUGAGAACGUAACAAGCCAACGAAAGUACUUACGGAUGAAAAAUAAUGAGUGUGAUGGUGAAGGAUCAGGGGAUGAAUACUGUCACUUCAAAGUAGAAAAGAACUUAGAAAAUGGAUCUGUGACACUUGAAUCUAUAAGAAGCAAAGGAAUAUAUCUAGGACUUCUGCCUAAUGGAUUUGCGAAACCAAUGGUCCACACAGGCGAAAAAAACAUUAUGUUUUACCCAAAGGUCAUCAAGUUUGGCAGGGAAAAACUAACAGGGACAUCUGCAACGCUUACUAAGAAAAAGGAAGAAAUCAACAAACAAGAUGCAGAAGUUAAAGCACAAGAGGCAUUAGCUUGGCUCCCAUCUGUGUCCCCACCCUCAGGCAAAAAUUCAUUAGAACCCAGAAGGCAGCUGGAUACUUCCCAGUCCUCAUACGUGUGGAAGGUAUCUGUGCUAACAGGCAGUGCUGGAACAUUGGCUAAUGUCACUCUCUGGGUGUAUGGAAACAAAGGUACAAUUGGGCCAAUCAUUCUUGGAAAGGAUGAUAAUGAACAGUUAUUUUUGCCUGGUCAGGAAGAUGAGUUUCAGAUAGAAUUAGUAAAUGUGGGGAAAAUAUACAAGAUAAGAAUAGGACAUGACGGAACAAGUGACCAAUCAGAGUGGCAGCUGCAGAAGGUAAUCCUGAAAAACAUGAAAAGUGGAAAAACUUUUAUUUUUGAAGCUAAUCGAUGGUUGUCAAGAAGUCAAGGAGACUAUGAUAUUCUCUGUGAGCUUCCUGUUAUAGAAAAUGGAAAACCUAUUUACCAAGUUGUAAAAUAUCAAGUGCAUGUCCUCACUGGAAAUAUAGAGCAAGCAGAGACACAGGCUUCAGUUUAUAUUUGUAUCCAUGGAGAAAGAGGCGACUCAGGAAAACGACUAUUGUUUAAAUCAAAUCUUCCAGUAAAAUUCCAAAAAGGCCAGGUUGAUGUGUUUGAAAUUGAAGCCGUGUCACUUGGAGAGCUACAUAAAGUACUUCUAUGCUGUGAGGCCAGUCACAAGUCACAGUACUGGUUUUGUGAAAAAGUAAUCAUCAGGGAGCGUGGGAUGAAUUCUGAAUAUAUCUUCCAUUGUGAAAGAUGGCUUCCCUUCCUUUCUGGUGGUGUACUUUACAAGGAAAUUGAACUUCCAGUGCAAGAACUGCAAACAGCUCAUGAAAUGCAAGAACAAAAUGAAGGUGAUGGAGAUUGGAAGAUUACCAUUUUCACUGGGAAUUUCAAACAAGCUGGCACCAAUGCGACUGUUUUCCUCUAUGUUUAUGGUGAAACAGCAGAAUCUGGUCCCAUAAUUUUGGGGACAGGCAGGAAUCAUUUAUUUAAAAUGAACAGUGCAGAUAUAUUUCAGGUUAAUUUAAAAGAACUUGGCAAGCCAUAUAAAAUUAGAAUUGGUCAUGACAAUACUGGAACAGACUCUGAUUGGUAUGUGGAGGAGAUACAACUUCAAAACAUUUCAUCAAAUGAAGAAUUUUGUCUACCUGUGAGUCGAUGGCUAGGAGAAGAAAAAGAUGAUGGAGAUACUUGGAGAGAACUGUUUUUGCCAAUAAAUGGGAAUGAUCUCUUGGCAUUGGUGGACUAUGAAAUUCUAGUUUAUACAGGAUCUGUUUAUGAUGCUGGUACUAAAGCUAAUGUUUAUAUCAAUAUCUUUGGAGAAAGAGGGGAUUCUGGGAGAAGAAAGCUGCAUAAGACCAGGAAUCAAAAUAUUCGUUUUCAGAAAGGACAGGUUGAUCUGUUUAUCAUUCAGGCAGUCUCAUUGGGAACACUUACAAAAAUAUGGAUUAGUCAUGAUGGAAUAGGCACAGAAAAUGGUUGGUUUCUGGAUAAAGUUAUCAUAAAGUACACAGAGGAUGGAACUGUGCAAGAAAUUAUAUUUCCAUGUAACAGAUGGCUUGAUGAACACAAAGAAGAUGGAAAGACAGAAAUAGAUCUCUUUGCCAGUGGUGAGUAA